CAAGAUCUUUGUGAUUAUAAUCAUAUAGAUAAUCUACAUAUCGAUCAGCUAUUAAAAUACGUAGUUGUAGUUAUUGAGUUGCAAAUAUCGAUCACAAUUUACAAUAUAUCAUUUGAAUUGAUUAUAAUCCCGGAAUUUUUAAAAUCAAAUUCGAAAUUCUACUAGAAUUGGUCGCAGAUUGAUUUCGAUUGUCUCUGGUGCUGGUAUGUCAAUCUCUUUGGGCGCUUUAGCACUGUACCUGCAAUUUUUUGAAGAAACUGGCGUUGCAGUUGUACCCCUUAUUUGCAUCCUUCUCUAUGUGGCAUUUGCAUCAUUUGGAUUUUUUUCGCUUCCUUGGUCGAUGAUUCCGGAAUUGUAUCCCACCAGAUAUGUAAACGUUCUUGCGAUGCUUACCGUCAUCUUGGCUUUUUUGUGUGAUUACAUUGCCACACAAUUGUACCCAUUAAUGAUAAGAACUGACAGAAAU